ACUUCAACUAUAGUCUUCACACGUUCAUCAAUUACAAGUUACAAUACCUCUUCCUCUUUUCCAUCAUCCCAUGGUUUUUUCUGCACAAAAUUAGAGUAAAUAACACUUUUAUUUUCUGUAGAUUAUUUCGUUGGAUCUUACCCAAACCCGGAAAUGAGAUCACACCAACAGAAUCAAUAGAGAGAGAAAUUAAUAGAGGAAGAUUUUUCACUAUUUUGGUCUGCCCCAUUUCAUCACUCGCACUAUUUCUUCCUUACCCAACUAUUUUUCUUCUUCAUACUAUUUGCAUUGUAAAACCCAAUUUCUCAAUACUCUAGAACACAAGGAGAUACAUCGAGAUAAUUCUAUUUUUUGAUCUGCUUUUGGAUUGUGGAAUUCAGCGUUUUUUUGGAGGAUUUCAAGGAUUCUCCGUGCUAAUGUCAAGUAUGAAUUAGUGGUCCCAUCUAUGCAUGAACAUUACCGUUUUUCUGGCAUCACUGCUUUAUAUAUCUGCUGCUAAGAGGGACAAAUGAAGUGUUAUAAUUCUUAAAUAGACGAUGGUUUUUGGUAAAAUCUCCAAAAUAAUCUCAUCUGCAACAAAUCGUUCAUCCAUGAGGCACUCAUCCUCCAUCCCAUACAUUCAAGCUGGAUUAUCGCCACCGAAAGGUUCUGGCCAUGGAUUCGGUUUUAGCAGCCCUGGGCAGAUGAAUAAUAUGAGGUUAUCUUCAUCAUUACAAGAUUUUUCUCAAUUUCGUCGAUCAGAUCCUGAAGUUGGUGAUUCAAAUGGUGGGACAAAUCUAAUCAAUGCAAAGUCUCCUCAUUCUUUUUGUAAAGACAUUUCCAGUCCCAGUUUCUCGAAGGAUAAAGUGCCUCAAAGCAAUCCAUUUACUCGUAAGAAAUGGAUACGAAUAUUAACAUCCCUACUUUGCCUGCUUUUCUUUGGUUUCCUUGUGUUUAUACUUGGUAAAUUUAUUUAUUCUCUGUGGUCCGGUGGAGCUUCUAAGUUUUAUGUCGUGCUUGAUUGUGGGAGUACCGGGACUCGAGUAUACAUAUAUCAAGCAUCUGUCGCGAACAAGAAAAAUGGUAAUCUUCCUAUUGUUUUGACAUCAUAUUCCGGGGGAUAUCGAAAGCCAAAGGGACAGAGUGGACGUGCUUACAAUCGUAUGGAGACCGAGCCUGGGCUUGAUAAAUUGGUACGCAACUCUACAGGCUUGAAGGCUGCAAUUAAGCCACUUCUACGGUGGGCAGAAAAGCAGAUCCCAAAGAAUUCUCAUAAGACUACUUCUCUUUUCCUUUAUGCUACUGCUGGGGUUCGUAGGUUGCGAACACCCGACUCUGAUUGGCUUCUUAAUCAUGCCUGGUCUAUACUAAAAGGUUCCCGUUUCUCAUGUCAAAGGGAUUGGGUUAAAAUCAUCAGUGGCAUGGAGGAAGCUUAUUAUGGAUGGAUAGCUCUAAAUUAUGAAACGGGAGUUUUAGGGUCCAUGCCAAAAAAACCGACUUUUGGUGCCCUUGAUUUGGGUGGUUCAUCAUUGCAAGUAACAUUCGAGAGUAAGGAACCCCUUCUCAACAAAACUAACUUAAAUCUGAGCAUUGGUCCAGUGAACCAUCAUCUCAGUGCCUAUUCUCUUUCUGGGUAUGGAUUAAAUGAUGCCUUCGACAAAUCUGUGGUUCAUCUGCUCAAAGGGAUGCCAAAACUGAGCAACAAGGAUUUAGCUCGUGGGAACGUAGAGAUUAAGCAUCCUUGCCUACAAUCUGGAUAUAAAAGUGAAUACUCCUGCUCACAGUGUGCUUCCUUGAAACAAGAAGCUGAGAGCCCUCGGUAUGAAGAGAAAGCCCUCAGUAAAGGCGGCAAACCGGGUGUCCCCGUUCAGCUUAUUGGCUCUCCGGAUUGGGCCGAGUGCAAUGCAGUUGCUAAGGUUGCCGUAAAUUUGUCAGAAUGGUCAGAUCUUAGUCCUGGAUUUGAUUGUGACGUACAGCCAUGCGCUCUUUCUGAAGACCUUCCCCAUCCUCGUGGGCAAUUUUUCGCAAUGUCUGGAUUCUUUGUUGUCUAUAGGUUUUUCAACUUAAGUUCAGAAGCUACCCUAGAUGACGUUUUAGAGAAGGGUCAUCAGUUUUGUGGUAAAAAAUGGGACGUUGCUUAUAAAAGCGUUCCUCCACAGCCCUUUAUUGAACAGUACUGCUUUAGAGCUCCCUACAUAGUUUCUUUGUUGAGGGAAGGUUUGCACAUAACUGAUGGUCAGAUCAUGGUUGGUUCUGGUGGCACCACGUGGACACAAGGGGUCGCGCUUGUCGAAGCUGGCAAGGCAUUUGCGACUAGAACAGAUCUUCACACACUUCAGUUAUUUGAGAUGAAGAUAGAUCCUGUCGUUCUCUUUGGUAUUCUGUUAAUAUCGUCAUUUUUGUUGGUUUGUGCAUUGUCUUGUGCUGGUAACUGCACGCCAAGAUUUUUCCGCAGAACACAUCUUCCGAUUUUCAGGCAUAGUAGUGCGCCAGCAGCAGUGCUGAAUAUGGCUUCUCCUUUUCGGUUUCAGCGUUGGAGCCCUAUAACUUCAGGGGACGCACGAGUGAAAAUGCCACUGAGUCCAACUGUCGGCGAUCAAGAAAGGUCAUUAAGCAUUGGACUUUGGUCUGGUGGAAACAACAUUCAGCUCACUGAUUCUUCUCUAUAUUCAGCUGUCAGCGGUGUUUCGCAUAGUCCAUCAUCAGGUAGCUUAGGACCGAUUCAAUUUGACGGCAAUGGUAUGGGUGCCGUGUGGAGCCCUCAUAGAAGUCAGAUGUGUCUCCAAAGUAGACGAUCAGCUUCCCGGGAAGAUCUGAAUUCUUCUCUAUCUGAUCACUGAUAAGCCGAUGAAGAAUCAAAUCUCCAAAAGUCCUGAAUUGCAUCUCUGACUGGGAUGUUUGCCAGCUAACGAACAAUUUCACACUCAUUUGAAAAGGGUAUUUUUCACUACCAAAGGCGGAUCUGCACAAGCUGCUCACACUCCUAUACCCAGCUUUUGAAGAACAUCGAGAUUUUCUCCUUCGAACCAGCUUCUACCUGUAAAUCACACGUUCUGCCUACGGAAGCUGAGAACUAGUCCUUGAGAUAUUCUCGCCUAACCAUUUUUAACCUGAAUGUGCUAUAACGUUAUUUACUGUAAUCAUCUGUGUGAUCAUGCUGGUCACCAAGUGAAUUUUGUUUCGCUGAUGAUUGAUGUUGAAGAAUCGAUUACAGAGUAAAUAUAGAACUAUUAUACUUGCUGGAAAUAAUUUUUGUAUGAUGUGAGAGACUUUCUGAUGAAUUUUGCAUAUGCCAUUGUAGACGACUAAAUGGAACUAUCCUAAGUUGGCUUUCAA